CCCUUCCUUUGUUAUUGAUGUAGAUUUUGAGAGACUAUGAAUGUACUACUCGGAGAAGUUUCUUGAGCAAUGUAUCUACGAGUGGAAGUGAUUCAAUUUUUAGUUUCAUUAUAUAAGAGCUGUUAUAUACACUGGAAGGUUGGAAAAUGUAAAGCAAUGGCUCUGUCCAAUGACACACUUUCUUUUCUUUUUGGGAUCAAAAGCUGGUGUAACAGAAAAUGAUGGGAGAAGUUAGAGAAAAAAGAAGAAGAUAAGGUUUAUGUUUCAUGGAAUUUGAGGGGCCAUCGUUAGAAAUUUAUGAGUAUUUAGUCAUAGUGAUAUGCACUAUUGUUUCAAUGUUAGUCAUGGAAUAGAGGGGCCAGUGUUCCAUAUUCUAGAAUACUGAUUGCUGAUUUGUUACUUUUUCAAAAUUUUGUAGAAGAUGGCUUGGAACAUUGCAAGUAUUUCUAGCUUACACCGUAUAUACUCUGCUAUACUUGGAAAACUUUCUUGGUAAUUUCUAGUGAGAAUGAGCAAAUGGAAGACUGGAUUUGUUCACCAUAAGGAGGAGAUAUGAAGCUACCUGAUAAGUUAAGUCAACCAUUUUUGAAGACUUUGGUCCUGAAACUGAUAAGAAGUUGCCUGGUAUAUUGCAGAGUCAAUAAGUCAAGUCUUUACUGAUGUGAAAGUUUCAAUAUUUUCUAAGCCUUGCCUUUGUUUCCUCAAUAAGUCUGAUUAUGUUUGGUUCCAGUUAGUAUUUCUUUUUGACAAGUUUUACCAGUAAGAUGGAGACUAUUAAUGGAGAAAGUGUUUAGAAGUUAUGGCACUUGAUCUUAUAAGAUACCAGUCUGGUGAACUAGAGUUGCAAUUCACAAAAACUUCAGCUAGCUUUGCUCUUCUUGCAGUAGGAUUCACAAUAUGUCUUUGGCUUCUUCGUCUGUUUGCGUUAUUCUAUCUCUUCUUCUGAUGUUAGUUCAGGCAAAGGGGAGAAAUGAUUCAACUUGUCCAAAGUCCUUUUCAUGUGGAAAUCUUACUGACCUGAGCUUUCCUUUCUCUCUUUCCACACAACCCGACUGCGGAAUAGUUCCCAUCUCUGGUUGUGAUGUUAAACUAUUUCCAAGAAUCCAACUGGUUCCUGGAGGAGAAUGGUACUAUGCUAUAGGCAAGGAGUAUAGUUAUACAGUUUGGGUCGUGGACCCGAAGCUUCAAACUAUAUUGAGGAAAAACAAGUGCCAAGCUUUUAACAAAAAUAUCUCCCUUUCAGGCUCUCCUUCUAUUUCUUUCUCUGCAGUUAACCUUCAGAACUUCUACAAAUGCAAUAGGACUAGUAGUAACAACCCAUACAUUAAUCAGCAGAUGAAAGAUCAUUUUGAUGGUUAUUACUCAUAUGAUGGCUGUGAUGGAUUCACCAUAUACUACAAGUUUUAUGGAGUUGAUGAUGAAGACAUUCUAGCAGACAAUCUUACUGCCAACUGUUCCCUUAUCAGAUUGCCAUAUUACCAAACAGAACCUGGUAAUAAUUUGGUCAACUUCUUACGUUCUGCAUUUCUAGUAGAAUGGAAAUUGUCUGAUGACUGUAACAAAUGUCACUAUGGUGGAGGUCGAUGUCAGACUGAUAAGAAGAACAAUUUUCUUUGUUACAAAGAUGCAAAAGCAAAUAGAAGCAAGUUGGGACUGACUCUUGGAGCAGUUUUUGGUGGAGUAUUGGUGAUGAUAACUUGUUUAGCUGUCUACUUUAUCUGGUGUUACAAGAAGAGGAAAUUUAAUCCACCCCACUUCCUCUUAACAAGGAAAUUGUCAUAUAUAUUUAAAAAUGAUGUUGAGGGAGGCAGUAUAUACUUUGGCAUCCCAGUCUUUUCUUAUUCAGAACUUGAAGAAGCCACGAAUGAUUUUAAAUCCUCUCGAGUUCUUGGAGAUGGAGGGUUCGGAACUGUUUACUAUGGACAACUUAAGGAUGGACGAGAGGUUGCUGUGAAGCGCCUUUAUGAGCACAACUCCAAACAAAUGCAGCAGUUUGUAAAUGAAAUUGAGAUCCUUACUAGGCUAAGGCACACCAAUCUUGUCACUCUUUAUGGCUGCACUUCAAGGCGUAGCCGUGAACUAAUCCUUGUCUAUGAAUACAUUCCUAACGGAACUCUAGCUGAUCACCUCCAUGGUGACAGAGCGAAGAACAGAUCACUCACCUGGCCAGUCCGCUUGAACAUUGCCAUAGAAACUGCUGGUGCAUUGGCUUACCUUCAUGCUUCUGACAUAAUACACUGUGAUGUCAAGACUAAUAACAUACUCCUUGAUCAGAGUUUCAGUGUCAAAGUUGCAGAUUUCGGGAUAUCACGUCUCUUCCCUAAUGAUGUCUCUCAUAUCUCAACUGCACCCCGGGGGACCCCUGGCUAUAUCGAUCCAAAGUAUCACGAAUGUUACCAGCUGACCAUAAAAAGUGAUGUUUAUAGCUUCGGGGUGGUCCUUGUUGAACUCAUUUCAUCAAUGCCAGCUGUGGAUAUGAAGAGGCAUAGUCAAGAGAUCAAUUUAGCUAACUUUGCUAUAAACAAGAUUGUAAAAUGUGCAUUCAACGAGUUGAUCGAUCCAUCCCUGGGGUUCGAUUCAGAUUCCAAGAUUUGGGAAAUGACUAGUUCAGUUGCAGAGUUGGCUUUUUUAUGCUUACAGACAGAUAGGGACAUGAGGCCUACUAUGGCUGAAGUUUUGGAUACUCUAAAAGAGAUUCAGACUAGUGAAUUUGACAAUGAGAAGAGAGCUAAGUUAUUGCUGAAUCAAGUUAAAUCACAGCCUUCACCAAAUUCUGUGACUGAUAAAUGGACUACUUGCUCUAGUACUAUAGCUAAUACAAAGUAGUAGCAGUGUUGUUGCUACUGUGAGAAGUUUCUUGCUAUGUUGUUGCUCCGACUCUUCGAAAAUAUCCUCUGGUGUGUCGGAUACUCCAUAAGUAGUGAAUUUUGAAGAAUCCAACUCGGGUGCAACAAAUUUUUUGGAGAGUCUGCGCAACAUAGGUAAUAGGUUUUAUGUAUCUUAGUAUAUCUAACUUUAAUUCUAUCUUGUUAUAUCACAUGUGUGUUAUAAACGGUUACUCUUUUUGUC